AGUCAAACGUUCACACUAAACCCUGUUUUGAUUUGUUCAUUCCUUAUAUCAUCAGCUGCCGCGGGUUAUCAAACAAAGCGGAAUGCAGGCCCGCAUGAGGGCGCGCUAACCGUCACCGUUAAAAACACAUUUUCCCGGCAUGCACAAUAUCCAGAGAGAAAACAACAAUCAACUUUGACUUUACAUUGUCAUUGAUCAACAAAUAAUAUUUGAAUUCAACAUUCCCACCAACAGUUUAAGAGUUUGACUGCCUUUAGUUGGAACCGAGCUGCUGUACAACAAGCAUGCCCUCAGCAGCAAACUACCAUCCAUGGGGCACACUGCCACAGCCUUGCUUUCAGAUAUACGGAACUAAACGUAAAGCUUCACAUAGUGAGACGUCCACGAAUGAACAGUUCUCAACAGCUGUAAAGCGCCACUGCAUCAAGCUCUCUACCAACCAAAGGCACACAGCAACAACAGACCACUCUCCAUGCCAGCCCCAGCACCUCACCAAUCAGGCAUUGUCGUCACCAUGGCAACAGAGGACUCCUCCUGCAUCCCUCUCAUCGAACCCAUCCCAAGCAUUCCAGCAGAGUUCAUCAUCGAUGCAAGUAACGGUAGAAGCAACGUCCACACAGCACCAAUCAUCUAUGCAUUCCCUCCAUCCAGAGUCCCAUGGGGUGCCGCUAACUCCAGGGAAUCCACACUGCCUUAAGGAGGACCCGGAGGAUUGGCAGAGCCCAGAGAACGUCCGCAGGCAGCUGGAGCUGCAGAGCGAGCAGCAGAGGCUUGGUCUGGAGGCGGCUGCACGAGGAACCAAAGCGGAGGAAGAUAGCCAGAAACUGGACAUGGAAUUUGAGAGCAACGAUUACUGGGAUGUUCCCUACAACCACCAGCUACUCAAGAUGGCCGACGACUUGGAACAGGCACGCAUCGCCAUGGAAACUGAUAUGGAGUCCCUUCAACAACACAACGGCAGCAUAACAGCGCCCUCCGAGUCGACAGUACAUGUGUCACCAGGGUUAGAAGCAGUCAGUCACGUCAGGUGCUAUUGCAAGCCAAACUGGGAGGGACUACUUGAACCAGCCAGCUAUAUAUGAAAGAAGACGAAGAAGAUUGCUGCAUUCAAAUCUUAACCACCUUCAAGCGUUCUCAAAGGCCUUAUAUCUUUUUUGUUAAUGACAAAAUGUACAUAUUGAAUGCUUAGUAAGUAGAAGUUUUGCACACAUGAGCGAUCUUUGUUUGUGUUGGUGUGGGAAGGUGUGUGCACUAGGCCUAGAAGACUGUCGCGACUAGGCGACUUUCUCGACUAGGCGACCGUGCAACUAGGCGACUGUCUCCACUAGGCGAUUGUCGCAACUAGGCGACUGUUGCCACUAGGCGACUGUCUCGACUAGGCAACUGUGUCGUGUCAAAGUGGUGACUAAUUGAUUGCUUUCUCCAGUCGGGACUGCUGCUUUCUUACUACCGGGCGAAACCUUGUCGCCAUUACUACUGAAAUAAUAGUCCUAGGAGGUUUUACAAACUUUAGGCUAGUCCUAAGUUAGGAUAAGUAAGUCAUCCUAACUCAAGAUAAGACUUGUCUUAACUCUUUUUGAAAUUCACCUCGGGGGAAACCUGCGGCAGCUUUGUAAACACGCCUGAGCACUGUCAUUCCAUUGUGUAGGUACGAAGUGCAUUCACCCACUGUGUUUACACAUUCUUGGCCACAUUUCAUAUGUAGGAAAUAAGGUACUGGAACUGUAUGCUCCAAAUCUCCCUUUUUACAGGGUUUAUUCGUUAUACUUCAACACUCUAUGUCUAGAAGCUUUGAAGCAUUAAGUAGAGUCAGGGUAAAGCCAAAUACUAAAAUAUUUUCUGAUUUUUAAGGUUUUUGUUUGUUUUUGUUAUAUAGUCUUAGAAACUGUGUGGGAUUUUCGUUAGAUCAAUGAGCUGUUUUUGGCAAUAUGAUAAAAACAAAAUUCUUUCUCAAAUUGCUUGUUUAAAACUUCGGCCAUGUCCUAUUUGAUUGCAGUAGGUUGGGUCGCUGAAAAGUUUCAUUUAAAAAUAUGUUAUUAAAGCCAAUGGCAUUAGUCAAAGCCAGACCAAUCAAAUUUUUGAUGAUACUGAAAUUUCUUUUAAUUUUAUAGCUUAAAGUGACACAUUGCCUUGGAUCAGACGAAUUGAUCUAUGAAAAGUGUUUG